UGCUGAUCGGACAUGGUAAACUUGAAAAGCCGAUUUUUUUUCUUUCUGACGGCCGUAAGAACUUCUAGACAAGGAAAAUUGUCGGCGUCGGUUUUAGGCUCAGCCCGUCAGAUUCGAAUUAUCCGGCUACGGACCUAAAGUCGGCCUACAAAGUCCGUUUUCUGUCAUCAUGAGCGGAUAGCAUGUAAGUAUAGUACUUACCAGGCGGUUUGCCGUCAAUGAUCGGACCUGGGCGCCACAGUAGGUACAAAUUGUAUGGUAUUUCCCGUGCAACACGCAUUUGCCCAACGAAGGACGAUUCUCGCGACACAAAAAGAAUCACAAUAUAGAUGCUCGCAGAGACCAACGUUAGUCCUCCACCAAUUCCCCCAACCUUCUCGGCUGCUCAUGCGCACUGAUGCGACAAAGAAGCCGAAGUUUACAACAGUCGGCCUAUAUCUGACAUAUUAUGAGUGUUUUGUAGGGAAAAUAUACUCCGUCUAUCAUUCAUAUUACCCACGAUGCUUAUCCUAAUUGCUGGAAUCACUGGCUUUGUUGGCAUUCCGUGUGCCAGGGCUGCCUUUGCACGUGGUCACAAAGUCCGAGGUCUGGCUCGUAAUGCCAACAGACUCCCUGACGAUAUUUCCAACCAGCUUGAAAGUUUUGAGACUCUUUCCAACAAUCAUGAUGUUGCUGCAAUGGAUCGGGCAGUGGAUGGCAUUGAUGCGAUAAUCUGUGCCUUUGCCGGCCUUCCGGAGCUCUUUAUGGAAUCACAAAUGUUGCUCCUUAGGGCAGCGGAACGCGCAGGAGUCAAGGUGUUCCAUGCCAGCUCCUGGAACUAUGACUGGAGACGUUCCCCCGGCACACAUGAGAUUUAUGAUGACAUCAGGGCUUUCGCUCACCACGUCGAGAUCAGCUCCACCAUAAAGCCAAUUUACAUGUUCACUGGCGCGAUUGCCGAGUACUAUUUCAGGAAGAGCCCAGCCGAUUGGGACUCGAAAACAAAAACAUUCAAUUUUCAUGGACCUUCUACGCAACCCACUCGGUAUACAACGACGAAUGACAUCGCCAAUUACGUUCUCGAGGCUAUCACUGCUCCGGACGCGUCGAGCGGAGGCUAUAUCUUUGUCCAGAGCUUUGAGGCUUCGCCAGAGGACAUUGUCAAGGAAUAUAAUGCGGCGAGGGAAGGCCGGAUCACAGCCAAGCUUAAUUGUUUGGGAACAUUGGAUGAUGCAAAGGCUAAGCUGGAUCAAGGGAGAGCUAUGUACGAGAAGAAGGACUGGCCCAAGUAUCUCUGGUAUUGCUACCAGUACCACAUCCCGUCUCGCUCUUGGGAUUACGAACCAAAGGAUGUUUCCCGAUUUCCGAACGUCAGACAGACGAGCCUAUAUGAGUUCUUUCGCCAGAACCCGGACGUGUAAGCAAUAAAGCGAGGUGGUCACGAGCCGGUUUACCGAGUUUCUCAUUCCGUAAAAAGACUUCAGAACACGGUCAUAUUCAAAUACGUACAGUUCGAACUGCAAUGAACUAGGACAUGAAGUCAAAAACUUGAGAUUAUAUUCCUGGAAAGUACUGAUCAAUCUGACAAAGAAUGAUUUACUCUUGUUAUUAUGUCAGACUCGACUUCUGGAAGUUAAGAAUAUACGGCCUUAAAAUAUCUGGCUGCUCACUGGUCUACCGCCUAUAGUAAUACGCAUAGAAUAAAGUUACCAGUAUGCAAG